CAAGCGCCUCCGAAUCGGGGGCUCUGAUUGCUGGGGGCGCUUGCUUGGGCGGGCUAUUCUAUCACUCAAAUGUUACGAUCCGAUCCAGGCCGCAGCUCAGUGAGGCGUAGAACUUCGAACCGGCCGGACGCAAUGAGCUUCAGUUUGCGACUUCGAUCUCCGGUCCGUCUGCUGGUGGACCUGGCCCUGCUGGUGCUGCUCCUGAUCCUUUCGUGGCACUUCAAGCGCUUCUGGUGGCCCACCACACAGCGCGGCUUCUUCUGCAACGAUGAGUCCCUGAUGUAUCCGUAUCGCGAGAGCACCGUCAGCCCCCAGCUGCUGCACUGGCUGGGCGUGCACUUGCCACUGCUGUUCCUGGUCCUGCUGGAGGGCUUCCUGGCCUGGCGCCGUGGCGGAGUCUCCACUUGGCGUCACCUCUGGCCACUGUGGAACACCGUUCGCUGGUUCCUCUACGGACAUGUCUUCAACAGUCUCCUCAAGAGCAUCGGAAAGGAGACCAUCGGCAGACUGAGGCCGCAUUUUUUCGCCGUCUGCCAACCCGUGCUGCCGGAUGGAGGCAGCUGCUCGGAUGUGGCGCAUCGCGGUGGCCUGGUCUAUCACGAGACGUACAGCUGCCGGCCGGAGCUAUCGGCUGCCACCGAGGAGAUGCUGACGAGCUUGCAUGUGUCCUUCCCCAGCGGCCAUUCGGCCAUGGCCUUCUACGGCCUGGUGUUCCUAGCCCUACACUUGCGUCACCGCCGCUGGCCCUUGAGGGGCAGUCUUCUGGGGCCCAUUCUCCAGCUGGGUUGCCUCUGUGUGGCCUGGUUCGUGGCCAUCAGCCGUGUCAUGGACUACAAACACCAUUGGUCGGAUGUUGUGGCCGGUUCGCUGCUGGGUGCCGUCGCUGCCUUUGUGGUCGUCCAGGCGGCCAAGUUCGAGGAGGCGGCACACAGCCACAGCCACAGCAUCACCAAAGUGGCGGCAACAAAUGCGAAUGGAAAUGAGAAGGAGGGCCUGGGACUGGGACUGGGACUGGCAGUGGCAGUGGCAGAUGAAGCAGGAAGGAGCCCGCAGCUGGCGCAUGAUUUGUGCCUGGUUACGUGUCAGAGCUCUAAUUAG